CCUCCCACCCCCUUCUCCAAGCACUACAUCUUUCCCAGUUCAAGGAGUGACAUUUCGAAUCAGCUCGUUUGCAGCUUUGAGAUUUCCGUAAUCUAACUAUCUUGGCCUACGUCCAUGGCGGGUGAAGUCGUUGACGGCGAGACGCCUCUGAAAGUCGUGACCUUCAAGUCUCUCCACCCUAUUCUUUCCAUUGAUCCUCCGAGAGCUGGCGAAGCCGUUGCGUGGUAUAAGGAUGUCUUUGGCUUUGAGGAGGUUGCGAAGAUCUAUGGCAAGAGGAAGGCUGGUCAGGAUGACCCUCUGAUUGAUCACGCGCAUCUCAAGCUCGGCGAGGUGGAAAUCAAGCUUGCAGAUGAUACUGGUCAUGGUGCCUCCGUUGAGGGUGGCAAGAGGCCGCCUUCUGCAUUGAAGGGAACCACAUUUACCAUUCAGGUCGAGUGCAGUGAUCCGGAUGCAAUUUUUGCUAAGGCUAUCGCCAAAGGCGCGAAGGCCAGCCUUGAAGUGUCCGACCAGGACUGGGGUCGUCGUUAUGGCAAGUUCAUCGACCCUUUCGGUUUUGAGUGGGGUUUGUUGAAGCCUCUUGAGGUUGAGGAAGAGAAAAAGGUUGAGGCCGAAAAUGGGGAGAAGGCAGCUGAGCCAGAAGCUCCUAAAGAAGCUGCUAAAGAAUGACUGCUAGACUGAUCUCUAAUAUGAUCGGGCUUUCUGAAGAACCCUCAACAGCGCUGACGACGGAUGCGCAUUGACUUUCAUUGUCAUAGGUGAUGACACUGCGUGGUUAUUGACUGUGUUCCAUGUUUUUUCAUGAGAGCUGUUUUGUACAUGGACUAUAUGGGCGUUGUGAAAUCUGAGCUGUGGCGUUCCUCCUACUCAUAA